AUGGCGGCAAAUGAAAAAGACAUUUUCAUGAACGCAAAAGUUUAUUUUAAAGAUUAUUGUAAGAAUUCUUCUAUACACGGUUUGAAAUAUUUAGCUAACCAAAGGCCACGUUUGGAAAAGAUAUGGUGGCUUUUCAGCGUUUUAGGAAUAUUUGUUCUCUGUGUAUCGCUCAUAGACGAGUUACGUUUGAAAUGGCAAAAUUCCCCUGCCAUAGUCAGUUUUGUAACGAAAGAAACACCGAUUUGGCAAAUACCUUUUCCAGUUGUUACGAUUUGCCCUCACUCCAAGUGGUCUCCGAAGAGAUUUUAUCAAAAGAAAUGCGGGGCAUUCAAGAAACGCCAUGGAUACAAUAAUACCGCAUUGCACAUUAAAUCGGAUCUACUUAAUUUUUUGUGCCCUUACGACAAAAAAUUUACCUACUCGAAUAAUUUUACAGAAAGUCCUGAAGACAUUCUAAAAUUCUAUGAAUGGGUUCAACCUAAUUUCUUUAAUUUGAUAUCUGACUGUAAAUUCAUGGGCAAAACGUACUUAUGUGGGGAACUAUUCGAUCAUCGCAUAUUUACAGAGGAAGGAAUUUGUUAUGCUUUCAAUCUGCUAGAUAGGCGCGACUUGUUCACGGAUAUCGUUACGUUUCAUAACAAAUACCAUUCUGGUUUCCCCAACAAAUGGUCAAUGGAACAUGGCUACCCGACUUCCGAGCGAAGCGAGACGUAUCCCAGAAGAGCCCUCUUUUCUGGUGCUCCAUUUGCUCUCGAAGCCAAACUCUCAACUUACGAAAAGGACUCGAUAAUAACCUGCCCUACCUGUCCUAAAGGAUACAAGUUGACUAUCUCUCACCCUUUGAGCGUCCCAAGACCCAAAUACGACUACAUCAAUUUACCCCUCAAUUACCUCCUAACGACGACAGUGAGCCUAGACAUGACAUCCACGUCUAAAGCGGCGAGUAAAUACGAUCCCCGAGGGAGAAAUUGUUACUUAUCGGAUGAACGGAAGCUCAAAUUUUACAAAAUUUACACGCAACAAAAUUGCCAAAUGGAAUGUUUGACGAACUAUACGUUAGCAUCGUGCAAUUGCUCGAGUUUUUUCAUGCCAAGAGAACUUGACACGAGGAUUUGCAGCGGAUUCGAUUACCAUUGCGUGCAUAACGCUGAAUUAAACAUGCUUGAUGAGAGUAUGAAGGAAAAUUUUUUGAAGCUUAAUGGUCUUCAGGAUAGCACCAAAUGUGAUUGUAUGCCGAUCUGUUCGAAUGUGAAUUAUAUCCUUCAACAUACGUAUAUGCCGUUUAGCUGGAAAAUUAAAAAUGUGAAGUACAUCAGCGGGCACCACAAGUCCAUGUUUCGGAUAUUCUUCAAAGAAGACCAAUUUAUGACGUUCGAAAAGAUCGAGCUGCGGGGCCCAAUCGAUUUUUUAGCCAAUUUAGGAGGGAUACUCGGCCUAACUGCAGGCGUUUCCGUUUUAUCAUUAGUCGAGAUCCUCUAUUACCUGACUCUUCGUCUAAUUGUUAAUAUCCAAAUGUUCGGAUCCUGUAACUGGUCUGAUGGGUUCGGUGCAGAAUGA